UGCUACGUAACGUUAACUAAUGAGCCAACACUGAACAUCCUGGAGUGGAGCUAUUUAUCUGAACUUGGAGCUUGAGCCUCGGAAAUUAAAACGACAAGAAACAAAAAGGUUAGUUAAACAGGGAUAUUUGUUAUACUUUGCUUCAGCUGUUGCCACGAAUACCCGCGUACAGCGUACACACAGCGGGAAGAACCCGACAGAAGGCAGUGCGUUGACGCCUUCUCCCACUGUAGUUAGCUCACGUAGAUAACGGCUCUCUCCUCAUUAUCAGCCACACUGUCUGAAAAUGGCCACAGACGAGCUCUCGUCCAAGCUCAGCCGCCGGCUGCAGAUCGAAGAAGGGGCCGAGGACCCGGUCGCCGUGGACGUCCCCGGACACCAGAACGGGUCGGAGGAAAAACCGAGCACGGCCAACGCGGAUUCGGAGCUGGGCGCUAAGCUGAUUCGGCGAGAGGAGCUGAACGAGGGGCAGGGGGAACACUGCCAGCCCAGCAUGAGGGUCUUCAACCCCUACACCGAGUUCAAGGAGUUCUCCCGGACCCAGAUCAAAGACAUGGAGAAGAUGUUCAAAACGUUUGAUGCUGGAAAGGACAACUACAUAGACCUGAUGGAGCUGAAGCUGAUGAUGGAGAAGCUUGGAGCUCCACAGACACACCUCGGCUUGAAGAACAUGAUCAAGGAGGUGGACGAGGACCUGGACAACAAGCUCAGCUUCAGAGAGUUCCUGCUGAUCUUCAGGAAGGCAGCAGCAGGAGAGCUGGCAGAGGACAGCGGCCUCUGCGCCCUUGCUCGCCUCUCUGAAAUCGAUGUCUCCACAGAGGGGGUCAAAGGAGCCAAGACCUUCUUUGAAGCCAAAGUCCAGGCCAUCAAUGAGUCCAACCGGUUUGAGACAGAGAUCCGCCAGGAGCAGGAGGCCAAGAAGAAGCAGGCGGAGGAGCAGAAACAGAGACGCGCCGCUUUCAAAGAGCUGCAGUCAGCCUUCAAGUGACCGCCCCUCUCUCCUCUCAGGACCCGUCGCUCUCUGUGCUGCACUAAUGCUGUCAGUUUGUCAAUGUGUGUGUGUUUGAAUGCGUGUGUCUGUGCGUGUCAGACAGCGGUAGUCCCGAGUCUCACACAGGCUCUCACAUGCUGGUCACUAGUCUAUGAUACAACGGGCUGAAUACCUUCUGAAAAAUCUGCCCUGUUUAUGAAGAUAGCAGAUAAAGAAUGAUCUGUUCAUUUAGCUCUGUAGCUCUAACAUCAAAACUAGUAUAGCAGUCUGUACUGAGCUAAAUGAACAGAUUAAUCUGUAUUCCACCACUGUCUCAAACAUCAAAGAGACCAUUUUUAUCGAAGUCCAGGCUCUGGGGCCCCGUGUGCACAGGGCUCUGGCAGCUUUAAUCUUGCCUCACGUUUUGGCCCCUAAUAAACCUUCAAACUCUGGAUCUGUUAUCUCACCUGAACCUUACGCACUAACUCAGCCACCUAUUGUGGGCAGUCUGAACACCCAGUACCUGUAGUGUUGGGAGCUAAGAUAUGCAUCUAAAAAGACAGUGUCCAGUUCUUGAUAUUUGACUAGUGGUGAAUUCACUUGCUGCCCUGUCCUUGCUAAAAAGUAUAAGUCUGAACUGUGUUUGACUUCACUCGUUCCACAGUGACAUUUAAAUGUUUAACAAAUCGCUGAGCUCUACAUUUUUUACUGUCAGCUCUUAUUUUUGUACGAUUGGGUUGGGUGGGUGUAGAAUUUGGUAGUUGUGGUUAGGGAAGCUUGUGGUGGUGGCUCAUUCUUUCUCUGAAGUACAAACAACUUUAAAAUCUUUUUUUUUUUGUAGAAAUGCGGGUCUUUCUUUUCUAGUUUCUGGCAUUAUUCCUAUCACCUUUUUAAAGGGACAGUUCAUCCCAAAAUCAAUCAAUUGAGAGGAACAUUUUUUAUUUUUGUGGAACAUUUUAUGCAGUGCUGAUAUGUGAGGAUCAGAAUCUGGAAGUGAACGUUAAACAUCCAUAUGGACCAGGAACUGUUUCCUGUAUUUGAACAUAAAAACAAACAUUUAGCUUGUGUGAGUGAGUGAAACAUUCUCUUACCUGAUUGGAAUGAUAGCCAAAACUAUGCAAAAAAGGCCCAGGCUUUUAUUUCUCUCAAAGAAAAUGUCCCCACUGUAUGCGGGAGGUGGACACAGAAUAUCACGUGUGCCAUGAUAGCGGUUAGACCUGUACCACCUACAGUGUUUAAAAGCUUCUGCUGCUUUACUAUUUGGCUGUUGUGCGCUGUAAAAGUCAUAUAAGUUCUGACCGUUUGAGUGUCAGUAUGUGUGGUACGGAAAAGGAAGUGCGAGUUCCUAUAGAGAUGUGAAUGGUGCUUCCUCUUGUCUGAAAUUCUGUACUCACAUCUUAUCAAAAGAAGAAGAGUAUGACUUCUUCUAACAGAGAUCACCAAAAUCCUUGUUCAGGAAUUGAAACCAGCCGCGAAUGCCAAUCGGCUCAUUUCCUGUGGCCCCUUACUUGUGAGAUCCAGCUUGUUGGGGCUCGAGUGUUGUCUGUAAUCAGGUAAAUCCUUUUUAGCCAAGAGAUUUCCACAAUUUGCACUUACUUGGUCAUUUGAUGUCUUAAUCAACAGGUAGUAGAUUUAACCUUGAUUUAAUUAUUAACUUCAAUUCAAUAUUAUCUUCUUGUCUUUGCAACUUUAAGUGUUAAUCCUGAAGAUGGUUUUGUUGAUUGUACUAAUGGAUGCGUGGUAGCAACCCUUGAUUCCACCGGCCACCCUUCUAGUCAGUGCUUUGGUUCCACAAGAAUGCCGCUGUGUUUCAGAAGUGUGAGGUGGCUCUCUGCCGAGAAUCAUGGUCUGUGUCCAGGGGGACAUUUUUUGGCACUUCCCAGCAUUGCACACUCAUAUUGACCAACAAAAGGCUCUCUUACCAUGCAAACACUUUCUGGCUGCACCUGAUUGGAUGAACGCUUUCUGGCCUGGGAUUUCUAACUAGACCAACAUGGCAGCUCGUUACAUUCCGAAAAUAAUUCACUGAAGUGUGUUUUCUGAAAACAUCUGAGGCGAGAAAUGAACCAUGCAGUUGCAUGAAUCAAUCUUCAUUUUAGAUCGACAGCCAAGAUGAAGAUAGAUUCAGCAACUGCAUGGUUGAGUUUCCAGAGUAACGCUGCUCCCAAUGGAAUGCUCUCAAGGAAUAAUGCCAAAAAUGAACCAAAUCUGAGAAAGUUAAAAAAAGAUCUGGCGUGCAAAACACUCUUGAAACACUCCCGGUGGGGUAUGAAGUGGGACCAAGUGAUGUCAGAGCAGUGUCCAGUGGAAUGGAGGUGUAAACAACAUACAUAGUUACUAUUAGACGAUAGAUUACACAGAAAAUGUGCUGCCAUGUAUGAUAAAGAUAAGUCCAGCAGUAGUAUUGCACUCUUUUUCACAAAAACUAACAAAAAUAUGGUACCGCUAAACUUGUGUGGCUGUCUUUUAUUUCAAAAAUAAAGUUCAAACGAAUGAACUAGUAUAAACCAACUGCAAAUACAUAAUUUGUUCAAACUUAUUGUAAUGGAACACACAUAGCCUAUUCACAAAACAUUUCUCCAUUAAUUCUCUUACUGAGAGACAACAGUUGACUCAAAGCCCCGUCCAGUCAGAAAUCAGUGUCUCUUCCUGUCUCUACAGUGUGCUGUUUGAAUGCUGUAUGUGCAGAGUUUGACUCUAGAAGGAUGUUUUCACAUUCAUCUGCUGAAAGAGGAAAGUUUCUCUAGUCUGGAAGUCCAUCCUGGUCCAGUAAGCAACUCGAAACAGUGUGAAGUAGAAACUUGAAGCCACCAGUGCACAUCCACUGAGAAUGGACUUUACAGUGAAGUAGGAGACAUCUUAUGUCCAGCAGGAAAACUUUAGAAAUCAACAACAUUUGUAUAUUCAUAGAUUCUGGAGGUUUUAAUGAGGUGGAAGGAGGAGAUUACUUAAGGAUUUUAAUGUGGAAAUUAUACUUUUUUAUUUGCAGACACACAUAAGUGUUACAAGCAGACCGUUUGUAUAUAUGUCUUAAUACAUGUCUGGAGGAGAUCUUUGACAGUUGUUGCCAUGCUAACGUUACUGCAAGGCAGAUGCAUUUUAAAAAAGGGAACAAAACAAUUAUUCCACAUCUGAUGUCGAGUCCCAAAUGCUGCCUCACAUCAGAUGGUUUGAUGUCAUGAUUACUUGUUCAGUGUUACUCGUUAAAUCCCUCAAUUUUCCUCUGGCUCCUCCUAGUGCUCCUAAUGGUAUUUGCAAGAAUCUACCGGGCCUGACCAGAAACAACCAAUCAGAGCCAAGAAUUAUAGCAGAUUGUUGAGUCUCAUUCCCAGGUUGUCAAGUAUCGAUAGAGACUCAACUAUCUUUAAGCCAACAACCCAAAGUGUCUUUCCAUCUUUCUUACCUCUAUUUGGUUGUCUUCAUUUAGGCCUGGUGGAUUAUUUUCAAAUUCCAUGAGGAGCACUAAGAGGAGCCAGAGGAACCUGGUUUUUACACAGAUUAUCUGUCUCAUGUACUACUGUCAGGAUAUAGUGAAAAAAUGACAGUUAUUUUUAUAAAAAUUACAUACUGCAGCUUUAAUGCGGAGAAGGACAAAUAGCCUCAGUCACUGACAGGACAACAGGACAUGCAAUAGGAGCUUUUUUUCUAAAUGCCUUGCAGUAAUAUUACUGAGUGAUUGCAAUAGUUUACACAUCAACUGUGUGAAUGGUCUGUUACUUCCUGUAGAGAUAAUGGACCACAUAUGCAAUCCAUACAUGGAUCAUUUCCUGUCAAUAGUGCACCAGCAGUGGAAAAACUGCAUACUGUAUGUGUGGGACUGGGUGAUAACCAUUUCAAUGUUUAUUGUAUUGUAAUGAAUUGAUCAUAUUGUUGUAUAUUUUACAAAAUUCUCUUGCCAAAAUAAUUACAAGCAACUGAAGUAAAAAAAUAUUUUUACUGAUGUGAAACAUUUUGUCAUACACUGUGACAAGUGCAGGUCGUCUUAUGUAUCAGAGAAAUACUCUUAUGAGUGAUGAAUAGCUCUACAUAUAUUUAAAAGCAUUUCUUAAAGCUGUGUAUUGAAUGGGUGAGUCCUCAAACACACAAACUCACAUUUUUAUGUUUAUAAAAUGAUCACUUCUAAAUCUCUAAAAAUUCCAUUUAUGUAUCAUGGCACAAAGCAGUUUAAUUCUUUUUUAGGACACAUUUGUCUACUUAAAUGUUUAUUUGGAGCCAUUUUAUAAAUGUAUGAGGGAGCAACUUUUGCUUUGUACUGUGUAAAAUAAUCAGUCCCUCCAGAAUGCGAUCGCAUAAUUUAAAUAUUAAAUAUGCGGGGCUUGCAUGAUUUCAUAAUACCCACAUUUUCGUUGCAAAAAAAGUCACGUAUAUCUUAGAAAGUUGAAAAAUGUUGCGUUUACUUAACACGAGCAGCCAUUUUCCCCUGUUGCCAUGGGAACGUUAUGAAGUGAGGUAAUUACGCGACAUGAACGUCAUCGAAAUACUGCAAACCCCGCGAUGAAGCCGCAAUUUUUGCAAGUUCCCGCAAUUUCAUCGCAUAAAAUUGCUGCAUAUUCCAUCGCGUUUUUUAAGAAAACGUGCCGCAUAAUCAAGGAUUUUGGCCCACAACAAUCACAAAACUGCGUUUUUCUGGAGGGACUGAAUAACGUGCAAGCUUCCAUAGUGUUGUCUCUUGAUGCAUGCCAGCACUUCAUAGCUCAUUGUGACUGAAAUGUUCUCAAUGAACAGUCGAACAAAUAUUUCAUCACUGUAUGGAAAGUACAAGAAUGAGGGCUUUCUUUGUAAUGUCCUCCCAGUUCAUUGCUGAUGUCUCAACACCAGUGAGGUGGGAGGACAUUUUGGGAUUUCAGGGUUUACAUGUUGGUUUCUUGUGUAAAGCAGGGUGGUUGGUGAGUAGUCGUGAUUUGGGGUUUUGUCAGAUCAUCGUAAUUUUUCUGGUGUGUAUGAUAUAUACAGUAAGGCUCAUUGUUUUCGGUGUUGACCAACUUUCAGAGUUCCCACGCUAUCAGAAACUGCUGUGUUGUCUCGCUAUAACUAGACACAAUUUUGUGGGGUGUAUUAUGUGGGGGAUUUAUUUUUAUUUUUUAUUUUAAAUUUCCUAAAUAUUUACUUUAUUUUGUUUUGUUUUCUCUUUUCUCUGGAAAAAUUAAAAAUCUGAAAUGAUGAGCCCUUAUUAUAUAUAUAAAUCUGUCAUUGUUGUCUCCUUGGUCAUUCUCUAUAAGGUGCUGCAGGAAUGAGUCCUAAAACCUGGAACUGAGUUAGCAUUUUAGCACUUCGGGUUCCCUAAUCUCAGUCAAUGCGUUUUUCUUAAUGAGUUUUUGGCUAGAUGUCUGAAAUAGUCUGUGGUUUUUCUGUGUCUUAACAAAGGCGUUUGCUUCCAAGUGGCUAAAAGAGACUAUUGAGGUUGACUGUGGGUUAGACUUAUCUACUCAAUAGUCCACCUUAACAGCCUCAUUGUGUUUAUACCUGUGCUCUUGCAAACUAUUCUAACUCAAACUUUACAACUUGUAGAUUUUAAUUACAAGGUUUAAUUACAAGUUGGAAGUUUGGUGGUGGUGACGUUGAGGUCAUGUGACUGCGGUGUAGCUCGUUCAUAGCCUAACAUUAGCUUUUUACUUCUGGUGAUCGCUUUUACUCUUCAAAAAUCUUAAAAGUUGUGUUCAUUUGUGAAGAUUAUCUUGCUGAACAAAACAUGCACCAUGUUAUCAUGUUCCUUUGUUCACCAGAGUUUAUUUUUUGUAAUAAUCCAAAAUCAAAUGGAAAAUUCCCAUUGGCUGUGGGUAGAAGAACCCAGGAUGAUGCUAACUUCCUGCAACACUCUACUGAUCCUGUCCAGGAUUAUGCCGGCUCUUGUAGUGGAGGGGUAACGGAACAAAAGUAUCAUGUAUUUUAACUUCAUUCCAUUAAACAUGACCUACUUACUGAUGGAGAAUAGAGACUCUGAGUUGGGCUCACACACAGUGGAUUCCAUGAAUUGUUAUUAGUCCUUCCAAUGAAAUGUCCUCCCACUUUCCUCAAUGUCCUUAUUGUUACCAGAGCAGUGCCAAAUGUUCAAACUACUGUCAUUAUGCCCAGUCCGGUGGAGCUUUUCACUCCACGGCAGCAAAAAUGUGAAUGGAAGUGAUAUUAAUAUUGAUGACAAUAAAAUAAAGUUAUCUAGAAAGCUGGUGGCUAAUUCAGUCUACUCACUGUAAAACCACAUAACUCAAUUAUACUCAGAAAAUUGUUGAAACUCUUAUACAUGAACUCAAUUUUGUAUGUUAAACAAAUUCUUGAUCAAGUAGCUAAUCUCCAUCAAUCAUUUGUUGUAAUGUAAAAACUACUCUUACCAUAAAUUGUUAGUUAGCAAGUGAGGUAACCUAUUGUUAACAGGUACUGUGACUAUUGUUGCUUUCAUCUUUUAACAAUGUUAAAGAUUGAAAUGAGCCUAGCACAUAGCAUAUCUAAUAAGGCAUUCCAUUUAAACUGGGAAAGUCUAGUCACUUCUAGUGACACACAUUUUGAAAAUGUUAUACUGUGAAAAAUACCUAGUAAAAAGUGCUUUUCAACUUAGAAAACUAUGAACGUGUCAAGCUAAUCAGAAAUAUAUUUUUUAACUUACAAAGUUUAGUGUUUUUAAAAUUUUAUGUAAUCCAUUUCAAAUUUUUUUUUUUUUGAGUUAAAAUAACAUCGCUUUACAAUGUUGGUUCAUUCUAUUAUACUAUUCUUAUGAACUCCCACAGUGGCAUGGAUAGAUAGGGGGCGGCAGUAACUCAGUACGUAUUUACAUAUCUUCUGCCGCAAUUCUCAUUCCCCGGCAUGGCAUGCAUCCACUUGGUGUGAAAGUUAAUCACUCAACUGUCCACCCUGUGUUCAGAAACUCAGCUGUGAACUGUGAAUCUGUGAACUUUAAAAUAGAGCUAGGUGUGUAAUAUGACAGUGGUUUUCCAUCUAUAGUUUGACUUUUAUUUUGUUUUUCAUUCCUUGUUUUUUGUCAUGCUGAUGAGAAGUGACUCUAAUACACCUGUAUUCUGAUUUUCAGUAACACGCAUCCUUUUGUUGCAAUAAAUUGUCUAAGUGGGC